AUGAGUUCUCCAUUAACUUCUGCAUGGAGACAAUGAGUUAAUGAGGUUGAGGUUUUGCGGUUCCUAGUUGCAUUUACUUGGACCAAAAAUUAUAAGCCAAAAAAUCAACGUGCCCAGAAUCAUUUGCAAUGGAUUGGAACGUAGAAGAAGUUGUUACUUGGUUAGCAGACGUUGGACUUUCAAAGUACGCCAAGAGAUUUAAAGGUUUCUUGGUGAAUGGAGCUGUCUUGGUGCAAAUGGACGAAACUUUACUUGACGACCUUGAAGUCAAAGAUCCUGGAGACCGGGAAAUUCUUCUGAGGGAAACCGCUAGGCUGGCCGCGACAAAAAGUGACAAAUCACAACUCAGCGAAAUACAAGACAUGGCUCAAAGAGGACACGUUUUAGACACUCCUCUUAUUACUGUAAGCAAUUUUGACGAAGGUGACGUCCGACCAAGAUUGGUUCUUUUAUGUGACGACGAAGACUUUCCGUACAACAAGCGAAAAAAAUCGAGUGACGAAUUUAUAAAUCAAAGAAUUAUAAAUUUGGCGUACAGCGAUGGAGAAGAAUCAACAACGGACGGCGGAUCUGAAAGAGAUUUUAGUUUCAAAGACAGCGACGAAGAACAUGAUUUUAAUAUUUAUGACGAAGAUAAAGACGUCACAGAUGAUUCGACACCGGUUGCGUCAGCAGUUGCGAGCAGAGCGACACAAAUGGUAGAACUGUUAUCUCGAGAUAAUGUGGCACUGAGAGAAAAACUGGAGAAUGUCUACUUCAAGAUGAAUAGCAUGCAAACGCUUGAAUGCGAGCUACAGAGCAUGCGCAGUGCGUACGAAGAGCUACAAAUAUCGUUUCGGAAACAAGAGGACCUGGAAUACAGUACUAGAACAAGAAUGGAGUCUGAGAUAGGCAAGCUACAGGAAAACAACAGAAAUUUAAAAGCUGAGCUUGACAGAUGCGGAGAUGAAGUCGAGCAAGGAAAGAAGUCACUUGAGAAUUUCAGAAGCGACCUAAAACUGAAGAAUGAGGUCAUUCGACAGCUAAUCGUUCAAAGUAACAACUUUGCCGCCACAAGAGACGAUUUAGAAAAUACAAUAAAACAACAAAGAAAUCAAAUAGAAGAACUUGAAAGAGAAAAAGAUCGCCUGAACUCGUCACUGGUGCAGAGUCAGGAGAGGAUAUUGUACCUUCAACAAGAGCUCAAGAAACAACAACUACACACAAAUCACGUGAUUCCUGAUAGUAAGACACAUGGCCUACACGUGACGGAGAGAAGCGCGGUAAAAGACGACACGUGUUUAACGAAUGACGAAAAAACGACACAUCACCGGCACACAAACUCAGCUGAUGAAGGGAUAGCUGAGUUAGAUGGACCAACAAGUGUACCUGUGUUGCUAGAAUUGCUGAGAGAAAAGGAUGAUAGAAUUCAAGUGCUGGGGGAAAACAUAUCACGGCUUGAACAAACAUUAUUACAAGAAGGUACCUCUAGAAAUUUGGCCAUUCGAGCAGUUUCUGUGCCAAAGGAGGCGCGGAUAGCUGCACUGGAAAAAUCAAUAGAAGAACGUGAAAAGAUUAUCACUGAAUGCAGAGGACAAAAUCUGAAAUCUGUCGAAGAGUUGUACGUUGCUAACAGACGAUGUGCAGAUUUAGAAGCCAUAAUCAAAUCACUUCACUUACAGCUGGCAGAGAAAACAGCAAGACUCUGUAUUCUACAAAACAGCGAUGAAGAGGAACCGAACGAACCAGAAUGGCCAUUGGACCCAGCCUUCUGUCGGACAGACUUCGCCCAAAUGAAAGACCUGGCACUAGACUCGUAUGCAGAAUCACUCGACUCAGGAAUGUCACUUACUAAUGCAACGGAUGUAAGACACACAGACCCAGAAUUGAAGGCAAUCGACGAACCUGACCAACUGUCGGUCCACUAUUGGUCUGUGUAGAAGUUCUAUCAUGGCUGCAGCUACGAGGACACAUCCAGAAAGAGAUAGUUGUCUAAAUUGUACAGAAUAUGGUAGCUUUGAGCGCUGUAUUUAAGUUACGUUUAAUUUUAAUUUGUACUAACCCCAACGUUCAUCAAGCCUUGUUCCAGCGUCCUCUUAGAAAAUGAUGACCAACCACCGAAAUGACCGCCAUCUUGAAUGUGAAUUCUUGAUAACGCCCUGGGAACGAGCUUAGAGGGGAGGUGCUCCUGCAGUAAUUUUGUUCCAAAUGAUAUAUGCCGAGUUUUUCACAUCUAAGUAGCGCCAAAUUAAAAAGAACUUAAGUAUUAUCGCUUUGUAUUGUCAAUAGACAAUUUGUGAAGACAAAUUACUGGAAAAUAUAUAUUUAUUUCGUAAAUUAUUUCAAGAACAAGUUAACCGUAUACAAAUAGGAGUUUAAUUAUUGUAAAUUUUCAUUAUAUCUAACAACAUACUGAUUACUUCGGUUCUCAAGAUCAUUCGUUCAUUAACUAAUACAAUAUCACAGAAACACAAACAACAAAGAAAUCAACCUAAUGGAGGGAACGGUUUGGAAGCUUAUUUAUGCCACAUAUGACAUACAUUAGUAAAUGAACGGGAAUCAUCAAAAUUAGCGAGUUCUUCGUUCAGGCUUAGAAGCUCUAGAUAACAUAAAUUUAAAUUUAAUUUAUUUAAAUUUUACUUGUGUCUUUCCGUGGUUGUCGUAACUUUGAAGUGCAGUUUUUUUGUGAACUGAAAAGAAAAAUCUAGGUGGAAAAUUAUGUAGAAAUAAAAAGCUUAAAGUUUGUCGUA